GGAUUCACCCAAAAAAACAAGUAUUAGUCGUAUGUAAAGAAUCUGCAGAGAGAUGCCGUCUGACGAGCUAGCAAGCUCGACCCGCACAGGGGCUGUGGAGUACAUGAGCUAUGACGGUCAUGAAUGCGUUUCGUCGCUGCAUAUAUGCGUAUCGUGCGUAUGUAGGUACAGACUCUGAGCACAGUAAAAUAUAGGUAUGGUAGUACAGAUAAGCGCAUCACAACGGGGAACAAGAUGGAGGUUACAAGACGACCGGCAGGUACGUUGACAAAGCAGCCUCGAACACCGCGCGCAAGAUCGUACCGAGCCCAUGUGCGUACAUACCAAAAAUCUGCACAUCAUAUUCGAAGCCUGGAGAACCAACAAGCGCGUGCAGGGGACGUACGCAGAGGGUGGUGGUGGGUAGGAGGCCAUGUACAUGAAUCGAUGGGUAGGUAGGGAGAUAGGUAGGUGGAUAGGAGAAGUGAUAAAGAACAAUGCGAUGCGAGCUCAGUGGGAGAAAGGGUGCGCAAAUACCCAGCCGGAGGACCGCCCCACGGGUCACAGUGAGUGAAGAGAUGAGCGCCGCGCGACUACUCCUCGGCCUCUGCGGCUUCAGUCUGCGCUAGCGCGCUCUCUCUGACUGGACUGGUCGAGUUGUUGUUGGGCGAGACAGAGAGGCCUUGGUGAUUGGGAGGCGAUGAAGCGUG